GGUUGUUCCCCUUACGGAGCUUUCUCCCAGCUACUGAGGACGCCGCGCAGAGGCAGACCUGCUCACGCCUCUCUCUCCUCUCCCAGCUUCGCCACGCGAGCCGGCGCUCAUCCUUGUCACCUGGGCGCCCACCCGGAAAAGCGGAGGCAGAAUGGAGUUCAAGCUGGAGGCACACCGCAUCGUCAGCAUCUCUCUGGGCAAGAUCUACAACUCCCGGGUCCAGCGCGGGGGCAUCAAGCUGCACAAGAACCUCCUGGUGUCGUUGGUGCUGCGCAGCGCCCGCCAGGUCUACUUGAGUGACCCGUGUCCUGGCCUUUACCUGGCCGGUCCCGCGGGGACCCCGGCAGUAGCGCCCCCGCAGCAGCCUGGAGAGCCGGUAGCCGGGCCGCCCCCGGGCUGGGGAGACCCCCCCCCGCCAGCCGGCCCCGCCGCGUGGCCGGAGCCCGAGCCGCAGCCGCAGCAGCAGCCGGAGCCCGAGCCUGAGCGCCCCGCCGAGAGCGACGGGCCGGGAGCGGAGAGCGCGGAGUCGGUGGUGGCCGUAGCGGAGGACGCGGUCAUGGGCGCAGAGGCGGCGGCCGCCUGGAGCCGCGUGGAACGUCCACGUGGAGCCGUGACUGUUGAGGGGUCGGACGUGAUCCCCGAGGGCCCCCGAGCCGGGGAGUCCCAGUCGGUUGCGCCGCCCGCCGUGUGCCCCAGGAAACGCGGGGCUGCGGGGGUGGGCGGAGGCCGCACGGGCUGCGCUAUGCCCGGCUCUACCCCGCUCAAGAAGCCGCGCCGGAACUUGGAGGAGCAGCCGGCUGGGGGCGAGGAGGAGGGCGAGGAGGAGAUGGAGACAGGGAACGUGGCUAACCUCAUCAGCAUCUUCGGCUCCAGCUUCUCCGGACUCUUACGGAAAAGCCCCGGGGGCGGUCGGGAGGAAGAGGAGGCCGACGAGGGCGGCCCGGAAGCCGCGGAGCCCGGGCAGAUCUGCUGCGAUAAGCCGGUGCUGAGAGACAUGAACCCCUGGAGCACAGCCAUCGUGGCCUUCUGAACCCCCUUCCCCCGGCCCCCCGAGCGGGCUGAGCUUGAGCAGCGGGCGUCCCCGAAGUGAGGGGCCGGGCCUCUCUCCCGGCCGUGAGGACGCCGUGAGACCGCAGGCGCUGAGCGCGUUGGGGAGACUGGGUGCUGCCGGGCAGCACUUAGCUCCCGGCGGGGCAGCACGGCUGUGCCGUGGCUCUCGAGUCUCAUCCCGAGACGUGGAGUUGGAGGCUUAUUGGAAGAGGACGAUCGGUCGAUAACUUUGGUGUCUGUGUGUGUAUAUGUGUUCUAAGUUUGUCUUGUGUUAAGACUGUUCUGUCCUUCUGGAAUGCACCACCCGGUCCCGGGGCUCAAGACUUUGGGGGCCAGACAGGGACUUUCCUCUGGCAGCAGCACAGAGAAGGAAGCGGCUGAAAGGCUUGAGGCAGGGGAGUUCCCCGGUCGAUCUUGGGGAAGAGAGGGACUUUACACACACCUCUGAAAGCUAGAACCGCACCGGAGUGGCGUUUCCUCCCAGGAUUUCUUCAGACUAGAGGGAGUCUGGAAGUGAGACUUGUAUUUUUUUCUCCCUCCCCACCUUUCUCUGGCACAGAAGAAACGCUUCUACCCUGUGAUUACUCUGGGAAAGGGAACAUUAAGGGACUUGCAAUUCCCCACAGGGGAAUAAAGCUUGCUGAACUUCACGGAAGAGUUCAAGCUUGGAAAUACGGAGUUUAUAGAGAAAAGAUAUAUUUUUAAAAGCUCUAGCUCAGAACUAUUACACAGUGCUUUUAAAAAGUGUUUAAUGAAACAAAGUUUACAGAUAAGCCCGAAGUGGAAAGACCUCACGGUUUUGUAGAUAUGGUGACUCCAGUCUUUGUUGUAAAAAGGUUGGGGAGCUGAUAAGGUUUUUGUACAGUAUUUUCUCCUUCUCUGUAUUGAUUUUUGUAUAAAAAUGUAACUUUACGUGUCUAACACGUAUUAAAUAUUUUGAAGCAACUUCA